CUACAGGUCAAAAAUGAGGGCCCUGGGACACGAAGAUGUCAAGUUGAAUUCUGGUAAACGUGUAAGACACUCUGUUGGUGGGGAGCCACCAAACAAGAGCAUCAAGAAACCGAAAAAAGGGGAAGUCAAUUUCCUACCCAAUUUUCCAGACGGACAUGAUGCCACGAGCCUUGAAAAGGCCCGACAACUACUGGUGGAUGAGAUGAAAAAGAAGAACCCAGAUGCAGUCUUCAUCAAUCAGAAGAUGGACUUCACGUUGUCUCUUAGAAGAAAGGAGGUUGUGAUGGACAAGCCUCCUGUAAGCCAGAUGAUACAGCGUUGGCCGGCACUCUUUGUUGAAAAUCAGGUCUCCCAGGAAUUCAGCAGAGUGGUAGGGAAAAACCUGAAACAGGAAUUCUAUGAGUCUCUGGAUCGUCUUUGCCCUAAACUGGUUGAAAUCAUCAGGUCAAAGAGAGGUCUAAAGGGACAACUUCUGGAUGGUCUGUUGCGUCAAACAAAGACAUCGGACACUGCUGACAUCAGAUGCCUUGUCCUGAGAGGGCUUCCAAUACUCUUUGAUGACAACUCAGCUGAUUUCUUCAAGACUUGCUUUGUCACUGAUGACGAGGACGUAUACAGACACAUUGGAAUAGGAAUCCUCUGCUUCACUGAGGAAGAUGUUGCACCACAUCCUCUGACUCCAUCUUCUGUAGGAAUCGUCUUGGAGGGGACUCUUGUGAUGGACAAUCUGGACAUUCCAAAUGCCAUGUGCCUUCUGUUUGGCCUGACCUAUGCACUCCACUUAAAUUAUCCUAAGUGCAUGACCAACACAUUCCGUUUCAUUCAACAGGUCCUGUUGAGCAUUGAGAAGACUGAGCUAAAAGGGAAAGUAUUAACACUGACAAAUCAGCUGUAA